AUGGAAGUAAUAGAGGAGCUUGCAUCUAAUGACGAAGGAUGGCGCAACGAAAGGAGUAAGGUGCAUAGGGUAGCGUCUACUACAGAUCAUGAUCCUAUGAGUGCCCUAUCUGACAAGUUGGAUGCGCUGACUAUGAAAUUUGACUGCAUUGCAAUGGGACAGCCGUCUCAAGAACCCCAAGGAAAAAUGGGGGACGUGAACUAUGUGAAUCAAGGGGACAACAACCGGUACUUCAAUAAUCACCGCCCCAACUUUCAGGGUGGAGGAUAUAAUCAGUUCAGGAAUAAAUGGCAUCCCAAUCUCUCUUAUGGAAACCCAAAUAAUGCUCUGCAACCACCCCCGGGGUUCACAGUUACUGAUGGAGUGGUUAAUGAUCCGAAGAAGAUGACCACGGAAGACAUACUCAAGUCUUUCAUGCUACAGUCCAACAAGCUCAUGGAGCAGAACAAUCAAAGGAUGGAGAAGGUUGAGACAGAUGUGCAAAGUAUGGCCACUCAUCUGAAGAACAUCGACACACAGAUCAGCCAGAUUUCCCAGACUGUUUAUGAAGCUCCCUCACUGCCUGCGACCACAUCUGAUACCGUUCUUGAGCCCAAGGCUGCCGUGGCAGAGAAGGAAAAGGAGGCUGAAAAGGAGAAUACUGGCACCACUUCUGGAGUAAAGGUGUCAUUCCCGCAGGUACUGAAUCAGAAGAAGAAGAAAGAUGAGCAGUUCACUCGAUUUCUGGACAUCUUCAAAAAGGUGCAUGUGAACAUUCCUUUGAUCGAUGCACUGCAGCAGAUGCCUAAGUACGCUAAGUUUCUGAAGGAGUGCUCUGCUGCAAAGGAAACUGACUGCCAAGCUGAAGGAUCCUGGAAGUUCACUGUCGACUGCCUCAUUGGGGGCUAUAAGGUGGAGAAUGCUCUCUGCGAUCUAGGCGCGAGCAUUAAUCUAAUGCCACUAUCGGUGUUCAAGCAAAUGAACAUUGGUACUUUGAAGCCCACCUCAGCCACACUACAGAUGGCAGACAGAUAUGUCGUGUAUCCAGAGGGCAUCGUGGAAGACCUACUGAUUAAGGUCGGGGAAUUUAUUUUUCCCGUCGACUUUAUGGUCUUGGACAUGGAAGAAGACAAGGAAUUCCCCCUACUGCUAGGACGUCCCUUCCUUGCCACUGCUGAGGCAAAUAUAAACGUGAAAAAGGGAGAGUUGACAAUCUUCAUGGGAAAAGAAAGUCAAACGUUUUCCCAAAAACCGAGAAGCAUGGAUGGAAGAACUGAGGAGUGCAAGGUGGUGCGUCUGAAGCACCAAGAGACUACUGAAGAAGGAGGAUCGAGUGCAGUCAGAAAAGUGAAGCAGAAGGACUUUUGUGAGCUUCACAUGGAGAUGAUGGCUUCCACUGACUCGGAGCCAAUAGCAUGGAUCGAUGCAGACCAUAGUCGCCCUUCACCGGUGCACGCGGUGAUCACUACUGAACCCCCUAGGAUGGGGGGUAAAAUACCAACUGAUGUCAAGGGAAGAAAGAUAACUGCUCCAACACUGAAGGAGCCUAUCCCGAGAGAGCCUGAAAAGUGGUGGCUCACCAAGACGUGGAACGAUCUAUUUCCUCAUGGAGGAGGAGCCAAGCGAUCACCUGGAGGCAACUCUGGGAUGAAAGGGGGUCUCGGUUGA